AUGACCACGCCGCGAUCGACGCCCCUGACACUGACAGCUUGGCGUUGCUGCACUGAGGCCCGAACCCCACCACCACGGACCUGCAAAUGCCUCCAGGCAACCCUUCGACCGGCUAAACAAAGUCGACGCCAACAACCUACCAUGAACGGCCACGCUGCGCGCGGUGGAAGGAAGACAGACGCGGAGGUGCAUGAUAUUAUGGGCAAGCCAGGAUUGCAUUACGACAUCAUCGAGGAGGGUCCGUGCUCGACAGUCGCGCGGGCGUGGACGGCGAUCGAGGAUGGCAAGCCGCAGUGGGUCGUUGUGAAGUCGGCGCCGACGGUGCGCAAGUUUGCGAGAGAGCCGCACGAUAUCCUCAAAGAGCUGCGUCUGCUGUCGUCGUUGGCCCAUCCUAAUAUCGUGAACAUCAUGGGCAGCUUCGUUGACAAGCACGAGAUGACACUGAGCAUAUAUAUGCCCUACCUGCCCAUCUCCCUCGCGGAAAUACUCGCUUCACCUCUAUUCUCUCCAUAUCCGCUUCCUUCGCUCAGUGUGCCUGAUGAAAAUACCUUCAAGCUCCCGGACGAACGAUUCAAAAUUAUCUCCAAGAGCAUCAUGUUCCAGACCCUAUGUGCACUUGCGUUCUUGCACGACGACAAAAGGCGGAUCGCACACAGGGAUAUCAAACCAGAGAACAUCAUGCUGACGAAGGAGGGCUGCGUCAAGCUGAUCGAUUUCGGGACAGCCUGGAAGGAGAAAGAGUCGGAAGAGGCGAGAAUUGGCGACCUCUGGUCGGAAUGCCCAGGAAGGCUCUACUUCGAGGUGUCUACAAGAGCGUAUCGAGCUCCGGAACUACUCUUCAGUUCGAGGUCGUACGACCCCAUCGCGUUAGAUCUCUGGUCGCUCGGGGCCACUUUUGCCGAAUUCUUUACCCCUCUCCGGCUGUCCAGCGAGGAGGAGGAUGAGUGUGACGACGACGACGACGAAGACAAAGAAGAGCCAGAGGACGACCAACCACGUCCUCUUGAGCCCUUUAUCGUGCCCAAGUACCUCAGGAUAGGAUACCCCGGCGCGCAGUGGACACGCGACACACUUUUCAAUGGCGAGAGAGGCGAGAUCGGGCUUGCAUGGAGUAUCUUCAAAAUUCUCGGCACGCCGACGGACGAGACUUGGCCGGAAUUCGAAGACCUCCCAGGAUCAAAAUCUGUCGUCUUCAAUAUCGUACCACCCGUUCCUCUGGCUCCACUUCUGCCUAACCUUCCGCCUUCUUCGUUGGCGCUCGAUCUUCUCCAGCGAUUCCUGGUGUACCCAGCUUCACAGCGCCUGAGGGCUCGGGACGCCCUCCGGCACGAUUGGUUCGCUUCUACUAUGGCUUGUACGACGUCAAAACUCAUGAGAGAUCCGGAGUCUGUCGUGUUGUUGCCGAAGGGGUACUCAUUAGCGCUGGCUUUCGAGACGGCAACCUUAGGCUUGAAGAACGUCAUCAGGAAUGAAUGGAGGAGCAAGUCACUUGCUGAGUAUUUGGAUUCGGCGUUGGUUGCCAUUCCUCGAGGCACAGACAUGUAG